AUCACGCGUGCCAUUGAGAGCACCCCCGAGAAAAGGCUCACCUUAUCGCAAAUCUAUGACUGGAUGGUUCGAUUUGUGCCCUAUUUCAAGGAUAAAGGAGACAGCAAUAGCUCAGCCGGCUGGAAGGCUCUCCCCGUUCCCAGGGAACUUGGCCCGGCUCGCCCAGCAGCUCCAAUUAGAGCUCGGUCCAAGGGGAUGGAGCUCACUAUCUGGCUGCUCCCACCUACAGGCCCCCAGGGGCUCCGGCUCAUUUUCCGUGCCCAGUCUACCUCUCUCAGGUUAGGCUAAAGCUCCAGACGCAGCCCCUCCCUUCCUCCCUGGUCCCUCUGGUGGGUGGGCAUUCCACAGGGAAGCAAGCGGUGAGAGAGGCCUUCUGUCACCUAAGCGUUGGCUGUAAUUAUGGCAAUGCUCUGUUUUUAGGAAAUGAAUGCUGGGCUUCCAUCAUUAACAAUGUCUAAUUUAGUUAGUUUGUCGAUUUGAAGACAAAACAUUAAAUGUUCAGCCAAAAAUGAAAAUUUUGUUAUUUACUCACCUUAUGUUAUCGGUUUUUUCAAGGACCACCAAAAGAGGAUUUUCGAAGGAUUGUUACAAAGCUCUUUUCCAUAUCACAACAUUGUAUAGAAAACAGUGAUCAUGUCAGAAACUCUCUAAUACAGCUUUCAAGUAGCAUAAUCUCUACUGCAACUUUCCAUAUAUUCAAACUGGCACAUCCAUUGGGGUUUAAGGAUUAAAGAUGUCAAACUUUGUGUGACAUUUGGGUGAAGAUUAUUAAUAAUGACGAAUAACAAAAUUUCAGUAUGUCAAUCGUAUGGAACCCUUUUAUGGUGUGGGUGCAUAAAUAAAGAUUCUAACUAAAAGAACACCACAAACUCAGAUAAAUUAAUACAUAAAAUACAUUGUGUAUUAACCAGAAAUAAUGAUGUUAGCAUGUAUUAGAACUGUUGGAUCCUAUAAUUUCAUAUUGCUCCAUUCGUCACAUUACCCACACCUCUCUCUGCUCUCCACUGUUCCCAUUAAUCGCCUGUGAGUUCUUUCUUUUUCCCCAAACAGUCAAGCACCGCCCGUGACAUCACUCACAGGAAGUGCAUCUUUAGCGUUGGCUAAUUUCCAUCGAUUGCCUCCAGACAGGCUUAGCAGACGCGCCCUGUUCCCACACAGAACUCUCAUUUUAAGUCUCCUCGCCUGCAGGAGUCCUCUCUCGCUCUCUCCCUCUCGCACAAUGAACGCAGUCAGCGCUUUUAUCUCCUACCCCACUUGUGCUUAUUAUCAAAUAAAUGCGAGGCAGAGAGAUACCCAUUGACAGUAGCAUGCAUAAUGACUGCUGGCUGUGUGAAAUGGAUUAAUAAAUAAUGGGUGAACGCGGCUGAAAACAGCUUUUCCAGUCCUGCGAGCGCACAAGAAUGCUCGACAGAACAAUCCCCCAACACACGAUCCGUGCGUUCCGAACCGCGUCGAAUAGAACACUGGGCAGAAUGUAAAACAGAACGCUGCCUUGAAUACUCAUAGGAGUCUGCUCAGUAAAUUAGAACGCUCCUUAAAAUGAGAAACAGAUCACUUGGCAAAUGCUGCAUGGAAUAGUUCGCUAAAACUUUGAGGAAGAUAGCAUCUUAAACAUUGUCUUUUUUUUUUUUUUUUCGACUGAAAUAUAGACACUACCAUACAUGUGGCCUUUUGUACUGCUCAGAAAUUGAAGGAAAUCUUAGGCACUUAGUGACUUGUGUGACCUUGCGUGAAAAAUGAGCUGCUAUCCUUUCAAAUCCCAUUCAUUGCCCAUAGUGAAGUUGAUCCAAGGGCCCUAAUCCAAGGCCUAUAUCAAUGAAUAGUGGACUAAAACACUGUAUCAUAGCACCAUUUGAUUAAAUCUCCUUUUUGGAUCCACUUUUGGGAGAAGAUUAUCUGACUAGGGAUCUUUCUUUUUUCAGAUUUAUUUACUAUGACGUCUUUGUACACUCUCUUUUAAAACUUUUUUUUUUUUUUUCUCUCUGUAACAUGUAUUACUCUUAUAUUUCCUUAAAUUUUACUCUCUGGAUACAAACACAAUUUAUCUCUGAUUUCUCCCAAGGCUUUCCAUUAACGUGUAGAUCCAACCACUAACAAACCACUGUGUUAAUGAUCACUAGCGUGCCAAAAUCACGCCUCGCUCUCGCUUUCUCAUCUCACUCUCUGGCUUUCCCUCAUAUUUCCCCAAGACUGCAAUCGAUAGAGGCGUCUGUGAUCAGGUUGCCACGUGUGAUUCAUUUGGGUAACCUUGACUACGGUUUGAUGUGCGUGUGGACUUGGCUUGGCUAGCUGCAGCGUGAGUCAGAGAAAGCGUGUGCCGUGCAGGAGCUGGUCUGCUUACAGUAUUGAUUUGCCUGAGCAGCCAAGAGGGGUUUCACCUCUUCCUGCAAUGAGUGCCCUGAACUGCUUUAGAGUUUUUAUAGGAACUUGCAUAAUUCUUGUGAGAAUAUCGGUUGGUUUGAACAAUGCUUUUGAAUACAUAUUUAAAAAAAACAAAAAACAAAAAAAAACUUGUAUACCAUUAAACAUGUCUUAGAAUAAUCUUUUUAAUACAUCAUAGUUCAGGGGUCUUCUGCAGGGGGUGUCCAUCAAUUACUGUUUAAUUUGUGCAAAAAGUGUAAAUAUAGACAUUAAACAACGAUUUUGUACAUCAUCAAUGAUUAUUUUGGCUCUGCAAUGUAUGUAUCAUAAUAUAAAUGUAAAUAUAUGGUGCAGUAUGUUAUUAUAGGUCAGGCUUCUACCUAUCUACCAGGGGGCCUUAGCCUGAAAAAAAGUAUGUUUAAAUAUCUUAAUCUUCUACAUAAGUUGAAGACACACAAUACUAACAAUCCUCAAAUCAAAAUCACUAAUGCCUCAAUCUUAUUUCUUCCUGUUUUCUCUCUACAGAACUCCAUCAGACACAACCUCUCCCUACAUACUCGCUUCAUCCGUGUUCAAAAUGAGGGAACAGGAAAAAGUUCCUGGUGGAUGCUUAACCCAGAGGGAGGAAAGAUGGGUAAAGGACCCCGCAGACGAGCUGUAUCCAUGGACAAUGGCACUAAGUACCUAAAGAGCCGAGGCCGAGUCAGCAGGAAGAGAGCUGGAGCUGUGGGAAUUGGCAGAGAGCUUGGAGGACCUGGAAUACAAGGUUCACCAGAACAUGGAAGUCCAGCAGGUAAGGGAGUAAUGGGAGUUGGGGGUGAAGAGUUUGAUGCCUGGACAGACCUCCACUCCAGAACAAGUUCCUCUGCGUCAACAUUAAGUGGGUGCUUGUCUCCUAUUCUGGCUGAGACAGAACCUGAUGAACCAGAGGAAGGAGGAUUAUCCUGCUCUGCCUCCCCACGACUCUACCCUAGCCCCACCAGCACAAGAUCUCCAGCCCUGGGAACAGGCGGACAUUGUCCAUCUGUCGAGCUCCCGCACCUAGCUGAUCUAACUGGAGCCAUCAGCUUGGAAGAGGGAUACUCUCAGCCUCUACCGCUUAAGCGCAAUGGCUAUCACUAUGGCCCUGGACCCAAAGGAGAGACCUCCUACUGUGGAACAGUCUAUGGCCAACCAUCCAUGGGUAUGCUUAGGCAUCAUACGCCUAUGCAGACGAUUCAGGAAAACAAGCCUACCAGCUUCCAGCGUGCCCUUAGGGCAUACUCAGAGAACAAUGCCCUUGAAAGUCUGCUUGCUGGAGGGCCACAAUUCUGUGGUAAGGACAUGGUUGUGGGGCAAGGAGGAGCGUCCCAUUCACUUAUGUCACAAUCUAACAGUGCUGUGCACUCUCAUGGCCAUAAUCAGAGCCACAGUCACAGCCAGAAUCACAAUCAUAACCCAGAGCAUGGCCACAAUCGCAAUUCCAGUCAAAGCCUACACAAUGGCCAUGGAGUAACUCACGAGCAAAACCCAAGCCAUCAUCAUAAUCCCAAUCAAGCUCAUAAUAAGCAUCACCCAGGUCUUGACUACAAUCACCACAAACACCACCGUGGCCAUGACUAUGUUCAAUCUCAUGACCACAAACUCAAUGCUAGUCCCAAUCCCAACCACAUGCACAAUCAUCUGCAACACAGCAACUCCAGACAACCAGACCUUUCUCCCAGGGUAAACAAUGACAUGUUGCAACCCUACAAUCACAAAUCACCCAGCGUUUAUGGGUCACGUGCUCACCUCCCUUCCACUGCUCUGCCUCCUAACCCUGCCAGUGUCUUGGAUGUACCCCAAGACCCCUGUCGCUUGGCUUCAGCCCCCCAUCCUCGCCAUCAGUCCUACCCAGGUUCCCACCUCCAUCAGGGCAUGACAGAACCCUGGCAGGGGUAUUACCACACUUCACAGAAUCCUAAUUACCAUGGCAACCACCAAGCUAACCAUCACCAGGAUCCUCACAACCGGUUGCAGUCUGAGCUGGAAAUGGAUGUGCACCAGAGCAGUCUGGAUUGCGAUGUGGAAUCCAUCCUCCUGAAUGACUUCAUGGACUCAACAGAAGGAAUGGACUUUAACUUUGAUGGGUCACUAUCACAGGGUGUUGGCAUGGGAAUGGGUUUGGGGAUGGGAAUGGGAAUGGGGGUGUUUGCAGGACCUCAGCAAUCACACAACAGCCAGAGCUGGGUGCCUGGGUGAGCUGUGGGGGCAUUGCGGACCUACAUACAGGCAAACAUUCAACCAUACAGCCUUCUGAAGGGCAGCAGGUCAAGUUGGGAACUCAACUGUACAAAUUGACCAAGAUUCCCUUUUGGUGAUGUCAGAUUCUGGACUCAUAAUUAUCCCUUGCCCAUCCCCUUAAAGUCCCCACCCCCUCCUUCUACUCCAUUUACCCUGCUGUGGAAUAAUGUCAUAGCACCCUAACAGUCCUUUCUGUGGUUCAUGUCCUUCAGUUUGUGCUCAAUUCAUCACUUUGAAGCACUUUACAUCGCCAUCCAUUCCAAUGCUGUAACGACCACCCCGCGACCUGGGAGGAAUCACAUUGUCCGCUGGCCUGGGUUUAAUGUAUGCAAACGACUUUGUUAUCCUUCCUGAACAAAAAAGUAAAUAAAUAAUUAAGCGUUGGUGUUGUUUUACUAAACAUGAGUACAGGAUUGAGCAGUUGCUAUAGCUGUCUGAGUGUCUGUGCUGUCAUUUGUGCAUUUGUCAAUGUGUGCGGGUGUAUGAGCGUCUGAGUGUGGAGCUGCUUUUCAUUGGUAAAUGUACGCACCUCCUCCCAAGGAGGUCUAUUGGAUGUCCCUUUAUUGUGGGCCAGGACAGUCAUCCAUCAGACACACUCUAUUGAUAUUCAGCAUAUCCUUUUUAAUCUCCAAAGUAAUGCACCAGCUAUGCAUCACUGUUGCAAAUAGAAUGUGAUGCUUGGAGUGCGCAGGGCUGUUUUUCCCCCGGACACACAACGGCUUAAUGUGUUUUGGCGAAAGUGAUGAUUAAAGUCACUCUGCAGUAAGUGGGGGGCAGGGGGAGGGGGUAUUAGAAGGAGGUAGGGAGGGCAGAGAUAGAGAGAUAGAGGGGGGAAAAGGAGAAAUGCAAAUAUUAUCACUAUGCCCCCUUCCUCUCCAUUCUGUGAAUUUAUAAAGCUUUCCCUGUAAUGAAAUAAGGAACGAUCCAACACUACCGCACAUCCUGUGCAGAGCUCUUUCCUGGUUCACCUCGGCCUAGCUACUCUGUGGCAGCCUUUCUCGCUCUUCAGCCAAUGCACUGGCUUUAUUUUAGCUACAAUAGCAUCCUCCAUUAUCUGUCUGCGUUACCCUAGGUAAUCAAUGAUGAUUGAUCAAAUUUGAAGCUUUGUCAACCCUCAUUAACUGUGUGUUCAUUUAAUACAGUGCUGAAAUUGGGAAAUUUAUCCUAUAUGAGUUAAAGCUUGACUAACUUGACUCAGUAAAUAUUGGAUGGUAGUGCUACCUCAAGGUUGCAAAAAGGAAGGUGUCUCAUAUUUGAGGUCAUAACUUGACAAUUCCACCAUCUUCCAGAGCUUUUCUGUCCUACACUAGUGAACUGCAUGUUGAUUAAUCCAGUCAGCAAGCAAAAAAUGGGUGCUAUCUUCUCUUUGCAGACUUCCCCUAUCAUGUUGUCCUGAUCCAGUGAUCUUGCAGACAGUAAUUAAGUGCAAGUGUGUAUUUUCUCAUUCUGAAUGUAAUACAACAUUAAGGAUUCAGAGGGAAGGACUCAAAUUAUGCCAUGACUUGGUGAGGUUGGAGGAAACAUACGGGACACAUUUAUGCAUACAGUGGAGAUACAAGUUCCAAUAUCCUAUUGUGGCCACUAGAUAGGGAUGGACAAAGUAAUGGAAACACCACAUGGAAUAGGACCAGAAUGAAUAUAGCCUAUUAGGUUGAUUGCCAAUUACAAAACAUGUCAGGUAUAAAAGAGAUCUGACAGUUAGCACUUUGAUAUGAGAUGCUCGAAGCAACAUGAGACAACUAACAGGCUUUCAAAGCUGAAUAGUCUGUAUGGGAAUUGCUGAUGCAUCCAUCUCAAAAAUUUCUAAAUUAUUUGUUUUGUCAAGGGAGACAGGAUCAAAAAUAAUGAUAGCAUAUGCCAAACAUAGUUAAACUCUAUUGGCAAAGACAAACAGAGGUCGAAAACGUAAAAAGUGCAGCAUCAAAAAUUGAAAGCUAUGUGAAUCAGCACCUCUCUGACAAACUCUCCACAAUAGGUAUUUUCAAGAAUUAGACUGUAAAGCACUGUUCACACUGCAGUGUUUCAUAAUUACAGGAUUAUAAUUGCUUCAUGCACACUUCUAAACAAAUUCAAGAGUGGUUUCAUGGCUGCAAGGGUAAAGUUGUUCUCCACCAAAUCAUUUUUGAAUUUGCAUGUAAUGUUCUAGAGCACAAAGAAUAGGUUCCACCCCCAUCAUUAUUUAAGAAUUGGAGAAGUCUGUUCCUUUAGAAUUCCAGCAAGAACUGAAUUUGUGGAAGAACUUUUAUUAGGUCCUCGAUAUUAAUACUGUGUUUGGUGUUUCAGGUUAUUUUGUCCACUCUUUGUCUCUUUAUUUGCUUUUGUCUACCAUUAUUGAUGUUGCAUCAUUGAAAGUGCAUCCCCUCCUUUUU